AUGUCGUCAGGGACUUUUGUGGACCGGAUAGAUCCCUUCGCCAAGAGAUCUCUCAAGAAAAAAAACAAAAAAUCACAGGGCUCAUCACGAUACCGUAACUCCCAAGAUGUUGAGCUUCAGCAGUUACCGCAGCUCAAAGAUGUCACACCAUCGGAGCAAGAAGAACUGUUCAUCAGAAAGCUCCGACAAUGUUGCGUGACCUUCGAUUUUAUGGAUCCUAUGGCAGAUCUUAAGGGCAAAGAAAUUAAACGUAGUACACUCAAUGAACUGGUGGAAUAUAUCACAGCUGGACGAGGGGUUCUUACAGAGCCUGUAUAUCCUGAAAUCAUUAAAAUGAUUUCUGCAAAUCUGUUUCGCACAUUACCACCUAGUGAAAAUCCAGAUUUUGAUCCAGAGGAGGAUGAUCCAACGCUAGAAGCCAGCUGGCCCCAUUUGCAAUUGGUUUAUGAAUUCUUUUUACGGUUUCUUGAAUCUUCAGAUUUUCAACCAGCAAUUGGCAAAAAAGUUAUUGACCAAAAGUUUGUUUUACAGUUAUUGGAGUUAUUUGAUUCAGAGGAUCCUAGAGAAAGAGAUUUUUUGAAAACUGUUUUGCAUCGUAUUUAUGGGAAGUUCCUUGGCCUUAGAGCCUUUAUACGUAAACAAAUCAACAACAUUUUUUUGAGGUUUGUAUAUGAAACCGAGCAUUUCAAUGGGGUGGGUGAACUUCUUGAAAUUCUGGGUAGCAUUAUAAAUGGAUUUGCUCUUCCUUUAAAAGUCGAGCACAAGCAGUUUUUAGUUAAGGUGCUGCUACCACUACAUAAGGUGAAAAGUUUAUCAUUAUAUCAUGCACAAUUAGCUUAUUGUGUGGUGCAAUUUCUUGAAAAGGAUGCAACCUUAACGGAACCAGUUAUACGAGGCCUCCUUAAAUUCUGGCCUAAAACGUGUAGCCAGAAGGAGGUAAUGUUCCUUGGUGAAAUUGAAGAAAUCUUGGACGUGAUAGAACCUAGCCAAUUUGUUAAAAUACAAGAACCUUUAUUCAGGCAAAUUGCACGUUCUGUGUCUUCGCCGCACUUUCAGGUCGCUGAAAGAGCAUUGUUCUUUUGGAAUAAUGAAUAUGUAAUGUCUCUAGUCGAAGAUAACAAUCAUGUAAUAAUGGGAAUCAUGUUCCCGGCAUUGUAUAGAAUUAGCAAGGAACAUUGGAAUCAGACGAUUGUCGCUCUUGUUUAUAACGUUUUAAAAACAUUUAUGGAAAUGAAUAGCAAGCUCUUUGAUGAACUAACUGCCAGCUAUAAGUCUGAAAGGCAAAAAGAAAAGAAGAGAGAAAAGGAAAGGGAUGAACUGUGGAAGAAACUGUCUGAAUUGGAGAUAGAACGACGUAACGCGCUUACAGCUCCUCCUCCCCCCAAUAAUCCAGUUCCUGCCACAACAACAGCUUCGACACGAGCCCGCCCCUGAGCUGGUGUGUAAUUAUUUCUGUUGGUUAUCGACUGGUGGAAGUACAUUACCACGCUGCCCAAUCAUUAGCCCUUAGUUUACGUCGAUUGUCCAUACACUACAUACAAAAAAAUUACUGUUGUUAGUGGAGCAAAAAAAAAAAAUGUUUCACGGCGGUAUUCUUGACGUAAUGUAAUUUCUUUCGUUAGUUGUGCCUAAAAGGGCGAAAUGGAGAAGAAAAAAAUAAUGAAAGGAGCAGUAAUCGCAAUUUUAUUCUUCUUUGGCGCAAUGAUGAUUGAUGAGUUCUAAUAUUUUUAUUGUGUACAUUAAUUUCUACUUUACCAAUUUUUUUCUUUUUCUUUGACAGCAAUGAUUUAAGUUGUACAAUGUACUCAGUGUCAGCACACAAUACGAGAAUGUUAGUCCCUUCUUAACUAAGGUUCAGCUGCGCUCGGUAGGAGGAGACGAUCAAGGUGUAAAUUCGAGUAGAUACAGUAUAUUGUUAUAAUAUUGAUUUUUGCAUGUGACAUUUGCUUCAGUUACUAAAUGGCUAAUGUCCUCUCAUGACUGACCCACCUUACUCCGAUUCUCGCCUCCAACAGAGCCAGCAGGGGCGUUGUUUGAAAUGUAUCAUAUAUUCGUAUUAAUAAUAAUAACUAUAACAAAACAUAAUAAAAUUAGGUAAAUAUAUAAAUAUAUAUAAAUAUAUAUAAUACAAUAUAUUAUAAUAGUAAUAUUUGAUGAUACAAGUCACACAUUCACACACACACGAAUACAUGAAAACUGUGGUAAAUACGUGUAACGUACAGACCGAUGUGCUACAAAUACUAACAUUGUGCUGACUGCAUGCCCGCAGCAAAUGGAAUAAAUUUUUUCAAAGAAAGAGAACCGUGAUGAUAUGCGACAAGCAUAUCAAGAAUAAUAUUAUUGAAUGAUUAAGGUUUAAUUCAUUGAAACAAACGUAAAAAAAUAUAUGUUGUUUUUUAAAUAAAAAAGAAAAUAAAUAAAAAAAAAAAUAUGAUGCGAGGGGCAAGUAUACAAUAAAAAAUUUAAUUGUACCAAAAUAUCCAUUGCUUAUAAAUAUAAUAAAUAAUAGAGAUACAAUGCAUAAGAUUUAUUCGGAGCUGUGCUCCCACAGGCCACCGCAAAGACGUGGGAUCGUUUUUAAAGUUUCUUACCAUUGCAUAAUAAUAAUAAACAAUAGUAGCUCUUAAUAAAAUAGAUGGUUAACAAAUGAGUGACUGCUUGCUCAUAUUUUCAUGAAGUAGCUGAGAAACAUCUAACAUAUUUGUCUUAUUUUACUUUUCCAUCCUUCUUGUGUUAAAUAUGUUUUGUCUCAUCUCAUUGUACAUUUUAUUUACACUUGUACACUGUUUAUCUCCACUUCAUGAAAAUUAAUUUAAAAAAAUAAAUAAAUUGAAAUAUAUAUAUAUAUAUAUAUUUUUUAAUAUAUAUAUAUAUAUAUAUAAUUAUUGUAAAUGCUGUAAUGUGACUCGAGGAAAACAACACGGAUAAAUUCAUAAGAGUUCUAUACGCAUAAAUAGACACUUUAUUAAAUGAAUGUCUAAUUUAUUUCUACUCUCUAAUUCUUUUUUAAUCACUACUUAGUCGAACAUCGGUAACAUUGUAGAUUGCUAAAAGUUUGUCGUGGCCUAUGUUUUCUUUAUUCCUUUUUUCUCUUCUUUCUCUCUUUGUUAAAGGUGUACAAACAUCGUCCUCUUGUGUUGACACUAAUAAAGCAUUUUGAUAAUUAUUAUGUUUGGGGCUAACUUAGCUUUUAGUACAGUUGCAAAUAUAUUACAAUAAGAAAUUCUAAUGAUAUAUUAGUAUUUUUUUAUAUGGUAUAAACUGCAUUUGUAUGACAGCAUAUAAUUAACAGAAUCGGAUACGAAAUAUCUGCAAAUAAGUACUUCCAUUUUUUGCGGCAAAGUGAAUAUAAUCAAAAAAUUAGAACAAUAGAGAUCCUACGGAUACAAACGCGAGCUACACUGUGAUAGUCUAUCGUACGUAUUUAUCGUUAAAAUGCAAUCAUUAGUGAUUAUAUUAGUUUUCUUUUCUCAUGCAGAUUACACUUGGAACAACCUCAAUAUAUACGAGUAGUCCGAAUUAUAGCGGAUAUAAUUUCAUUGUAAAUAUAUUUAAUAGAUAUAUAUAUAUACUUCAGAUACUCAUAUUAAUCAUUGUUAGGAACAUAACAGCUGUACAGUUGAUUUUAGAAUGUAAAAAGAGUAACAUAAA